AAACAAUCAUUUUAAAUGUUGUCUAUUUUAGAAACCCCAUUAUUAUUCUCAAUUUCGAUGUCAGUUCCCAAAUCAAAUAUGUAGUUUAUAACUAUGGCCAUCCAAUAUCAAAUAGAUACAUUAUAUUACCCAUUGGAAGCAUUUGUUUUUGAGAUGGCAGGCGGCGGCGGCGGCGGCAUGGAGUUCAAGUUGUUUUGUUGGAUGCUUGUUUUUGGAGUGGCGUUGUGGCGGCCGUCGGCGUCGGAGGUGGAGCACGGUGGAGAUGGGUUGGAGCUACACUCACUGACACGGAAGUUAUUGGGUUUGGCAAGGGAAGGGGAGUUCCUGGAGUGGAUAAAAGGAGUUAGAAGGAGAAUUCAUGAGUAUCCAGAGGUGGGAUUUGAAGAGUACAGAACGAGUCAACUCGUGAGGUCUGAGCUCGACUUGCUCGGCAUCAGUUACCAAUGGCCUGUUGCCAAGACUGGAGUGGUGGCUUCCAUUAAAGGGGCUUCUUCUUCUUCUUCUUCUUCUUCAUCUAGACCUGUUUUUGCUCUUAGAGCAGACAUGGAUGCCCUUCCUCUUCAGGAACUGGUAGAAUGGGAAUUCAAAAGCAAGGUAGAAGGUAAAAUGCAUGCCUGUGGCCAUGAUUCACAUGUUGCUAUGCUAUUAGGAGCAGCAAGGUUAUUACAGAGUAAAAUAGAGAAACUGAAGGGAACUGUGAAGUUAGUUUUCCAGCCAGGAGAAGAGUGUAAUGGAGCUUAUCAAUUGCUACAAGAAGAUGCCCUUGACGAUAUAGAUGGAAUCUUUGCAUUGCACGUCUUGCCCACCUUACCAACCGGUGUCAUAGCCUCGAGGCCUGGUCCAGUAUGUGCGGGAGCAGGACACUUUUCGGCCUUGAUACGAGGAAAGGGUGGACAUGCUGCAGCCCCACAUAAGACGAAGGACCCAGUUCUAGCAACAGCUUUUAUAAUUCAAGCUCUUCAACAAAUUGUAUCUCGUGAAACCGAUCCUCUCGAGGCUGGAGUGGUGACUGUUGCAUUUGUUGAUGGAGGGCAAGCAGAUAAUGUCGUUCCCGAAACCGUGAAAGUUGGAGGAACUUUUAGGAGCUUGUCUCCUAAGGGUCUCUCUUACCUUAAGGAAAGGAUCAGAGAGGUCAUCAACACACAAGCAGUAGUGCACCAUUGUUAUGCUUCAGUGGAGUUUAUGGAGGAUACACCAGUAAUGGUUAACAAUGUAGCAUUGUUUGAGCAUGCAAAUAGGGUAGGAAAUAGCUUACUUGGAGAAUCCAAUGUGCAACUCCUUCCAUGGACCAUGGGAGCAGAAGACUUUGGCUUCUUGUCACAGAAGAUUGCAGCCACCAUAUACGGGAUUGGGAUAAGGAAUGAUACUCUGAGAUCAAACCGGCCACUGCACUCACCGCACUUUGUCCUUGAUGAGGAGGCCCUUCCAAUUGGAGCAGCUCUUCAUGCUGCUGUGGCUAUGUCUUACUUGGAACACAACUGAGUUGUCAGUGAUUAACUUCAAUUUCAGUUCUGUAAGUAAAAUAAUAUGUGAGGAACAAAACAUGCCAUAGGUAUGCACAUAUUUUGCCAAAAUAAAGAGAAUUACACUUCAUUACUACUGAAAA